GAUACACACAGCUCAGCCACAACGUUCAUCAGAUAAAGUAUGGACUGAGUCAGUGGGAUUGUAUCAUACAUCCAGGCUGAAAGAAUAAUAGAUACUCCGCACUAUUUAAGAUCUGCAAUUUUCUCUUUUUUGGUUUAUCUGCUACACACGUUCCUCUUUUAAGGCUCUUAACGUUGGGGUUGUUUUAUCUGUUCUUUUAUCAUCCCUGACUAGACAGAAUCUCUCAAUAGACUUGGGAUCUAAGGAUCAAAAUGCGCACUAUUCAGUCUAUUGCCCUUAUUGCCGGCAUACUAUCAGGUUGGUAUUCUCUUCUAAACAGUCAUCAUAUUUUCAACCUCACAAUAUAGAUGCUACCGCCGAUAACAUUCCGCGAGCCCUACCCAACGCUCCCAACGGCUACGCUCCAGCCAACGUCUCUUGCCCAGCAGGACGACCAACAAUCCGUAGCGCAGAAACCCUCUCUUCCAACGAAACAUCAUGGCUGUCACUGCGACGCAAUCACACUACCCAGGCCAUGCGCGACUUUUUUGGGCACGUCAACAUCUCCAACUUUGAUGCCGUGAGUUAUAUCAACAGAGUCGCCAACGACAAUGCCACUAACCUGCCCAACGUCGCCAUUGCGGUUUCCGGUGGUGGUUAUCGGGCCAUGUUGACUGGUGGAGGUGCCCUCAAAGCCUUUGAUAGUCGGACCCCCAACAGUACGGCUAAAGGUCAAGUCGGUGGUUUGUUGCAGAGUGCGACGUAUGUUUCUGGUUUGAGUGGUGGCAGCUGGCUGCUAGCCUCUAUAUAUGUGAAUAAUUUCACUACGAUUGGUGAUUUGCAAGCCGGUAGUACUGGUGAUGCAUGGCAACUUGGUCGUUCUAUCCUCCAGGGUCCCGAGACUGGUGGUAUCCAGCUGUUGAGUACCGCCGACUAUUACCGUACCAUUGCCGACCAGGUAGAAGACAAAUCCAACGCUGGAUACAAUACUACUCUUACAGAUAUUUGGGCACGAAUGCUCUCGUUCCAAUUCAUCAAUGCUACAGAUGGUGGUCCGAACUACACCUGGUCCUCAAUCGCAUUGGAAGAUAACUUUUCCAGUGGAAGUAUCCCCAUGCCACUGGUUGUAGCCGAUCUACGUUCUCCCGGCGAGAAGAUUGUUGGCGCAAAUUCUACGGUUAUGGAGUUCAGUCCCUUUGAGUUUGGGUCCUGGGAUCCAACUAUUUUUGGUUUCGCACCAUUGGAGUACCUCGGAUCACGAUUCAAUAACGGUAGUAUUCCCGCGAACGAGAGUUGUGUACGCGGCUACGACAAUGCCGGAUUCGUCUUUGGCACUUCGUCGACGCUGUUCAAUGACAUCGUUUCGUAUGUCAACCGUUCCGGCUUGCCCAGUGUCCUGGAAAACUUGAUCACGGAUACCCUCAACCAUCUCGGCAAGGACAACCAGGAUAUCGCUGACUACGUGAACCCGUUCUACAACUACACGCAAAACACUGGACUCACUACCCAGACCCAAGUUCUCAACGUCGUUGACGGUGGAGAGGAUGAUCAAAACAUUCCCUUGCAUCCCCUCAUCCAACCUUCGCGUCAUAUCGAUGUGAUCUUUGCCGUGGACAGUUCUGCCGAUACCCCCGACAGCUGGCCAAACGGCACCAGUCUUGUGUAUACCUAUGAGCGCAGCUUGAAUUCCUCCGGAGUAGGAAACGGCACAUCUUUCCCCUCGGUGCCUGAUGUCAACACAUUCGUCAACAAGGGACUCAACACCCAUCCGACAUUUUUCGGCUGCAAUAGCUCAAACACAUCCAGCCCAACACCGCUGAUCGUCUAUCUUCCCAACUACCCAUAUGUCACGUAUUCUAAUCUCUCAACUCUGACCCUUUCAAUCAACAACACCGAACGUGACGCUGUGAUCCAGAAUGCCUACGACAUGGUAACGAUGGCAAACGGUACCCGCGACGCCGACUGGCCGGCUUGCGUAGGCUGUGCUGUUCUCAGUCGUUCUUUUGAGAGGACCAAUACCAAAGUUCCUGAUAUUUGCAACACUUGCUUCAACAGAUACUGUUGGGAUGGUACGCUCAACAGCAGUACCCCAGCUCCAUACGAACCAACAUCGUAUCUUACCACGCUCAAUAAUACGAGUGCGGCUGGAUUUAUAAUGGUGCCAAAUACGGUUCUUUUGGCGCUUGGUACUGUUGCUAUGACUGCUAUGGCCUUGUAAGGUAAAAGUUAGUUGCAUAUGUAGUAUAUGCUUGGAUAUCUAUCAUAUUUUCUUGGUUAUGGUUUGUCUAGAAAUUGAGCAUGCUAUGAGAAAUGAUCCUCUAUUAUUCUAGCUCGAAGUCAGCAAAAUAAAUAAUUCAUUUGCAUGAAGCUUUUC